AUUACAUUAAUGCUUUUGCCUUUGAGAAAUAGUUGACAAUAACAUCCUUGUCGCUCUUAUCACCCUGUCUCUUUUACCCUUUAAGACCCUUUGGGCCCCCCAUCUCCUUCCCAAAUUCGCUUUUACUUUGAUUAUAAAUCACCACUCACCCACCACCGAUGGAGGCUGUCUGAGAAGUGACCACUCAGCCCUCCCUACAUCCUCUCUCUCUCAAUCUCCACUUCAACUCAAAUUUACCAUUCUACCCUUCCUCUCACUGUAAACCACACACUAGAGACACACUGACAAUGGAACUCAGAAGAAGCUGCAUUGUGAUGUUGUACACUCUGUUAGUAGUAGUGAACAUAGCUGAAGAAACUUGUGCAUCAAUGGCUUUCAAGAAUGUAACCCUACAAGGCCAACACCCUUCCCCUGAGCUUGUUGCUCAAGAUCUUCAAAGGAGGGUAAAUGUGUCAAUAACAAGAAGAGAAAUGCUAUCAUACGCCAACGAGGACACAACAACCAACUGCCUCACCGGAAACCCCAUCGACGACUGCUGGCGUUGCGACCCCAACUGGCACCUCAACCGCCAACGUCUCGCCGACUGCGGCAUCGGCUUCGGCCAAUACGCCUUAGGCGGCAAAGGCGGCCGUUACUACGUCGUCACCGACUCCUCCGACCACGACGCCGUCAACCCCCGUCCAGGCACUCUACGGUGGGCUGUCAUCCAAACUGAACCCCUCUGGAUCGUCUUCCCCACCAACAUGCACAUCCAACUCUCACAAGAACUCAUCUUCAACAGCUUCAAAACCGUCGACGGCCGUGGCGCCAACGUCCACAUCACCGGCGGCGGCUGCAUUACACUCCAGUACAUCACCAACGUCAUCAUCCAUAACAUCCACAUCCACCAUUGUUACGAGUCCGGCAACACCAAUGUCCGGUCAAGCCCAACGCAUUACGGGUACAGAACAAAAUCCGACGGCGAUGGGAUUUCCAUAUUCGGGUCUCGUGAUCUUUGGAUUGAUCACUGCUCGUUGUCGCAUUGUAAAGACGGGUUGAUAGACGCCGUCAUGGGGUCCACCGGAAUCACCAUAUCCAACAACUUCUUCUCGCAUCACGACGAGGUAAUGCUGUUAGGACACAGCGAUGAUUACUUGCCGGAUUCCGGCAUGCAGGUGACCAUCGCUUUCAAUCACUUCGGAGAAAAGUUAGUGCAGAGAAUGCCCCGGUGCCGGAGAGGGUAUAUUCACGUCGUUAACAAUGUGUAUUCCCGGUGGGAAAUGUACGCUAUCGGAGGUAGUGGAAAUCCGACGAUCAACAGUCAAGGAAACCGGUAUACUGCUCCGGCGAAUCCUAACGCCAAGGAGGUGACGAAGAGGGUGGAAACAGCACAGGAGCAUUGGAGAGGGUGGAAUUGGAGGAGUGAAGGAGAUAUUCUGGUGAACGGAGCUUUCUUUGUGGCUUCCGGCGAAGGGUUAGAGCUCAAGUAUGAGAAAGCUUACAGUGUCGAGCCUAAAUCCGCCGGAUUGAUCGACCAACUCACCAUGAACUCCGGCGUGCUUGGUAGCAGGAGCAAUAAGCUUGGGAAGUGGACUGAUGGGAAUGGAGAUGCUGAAGUAGGCAUAGAUGGUGGCGAAAAUGACUAUGUUAACUUUGAAGGGAGUGGUGUCAGUCAAAUCAAGCUUCAUCUCAGCUCCAAUAAGAAAAAAAGGGUUAGAAGAAUGAAAGAAGAAGAGGAAAGGGUGAGGUUGCCGAGUGGGGAGAAUAAAUGGGGAAAAAGGGAUGAAGAAAGAGACUUGGAUUGCCAUUGCCGAGUUUGGACUCCAAGCUCGAUAUGCCGAGUUCACGGACCGGUGUUUGCCGAGUCUACCUCACUCUUGUCGAGACAACUCCGUCUAAUCUAA